UUCCGGGUGGCGGGCUGAGUCACUCUAUAGUCUCUUCUUCGCUGCUCGCUGGCUGUUUGGUUUCCCCUCCGUGCCUGUCACCGACCGGCCUUUUCCCCCCUCGGUCUCUCUCGCGCCUUUUUUUCCUCGCCAGGAUGCCGCUGGAAAACCUGGAAGAGGAGGGCCUCCCUAAGAACCCCGACCUCCGGAUCGCGCAGCUCCGCUUCUUGCUGAGCCUGCAGCCGCAGAGCCCGGACCCCGCCGUGCGCCAGGAGCUCAUGGCCGCCAUCCGUCAGCACGAUAUGGCCCCAUAUUAUGAAAGCCUCUGCAAAUCCCUUGACUGGCCAGUAGAUACAGAUUUGUUGAAUAAGAUGAAGAAAGCAAACGAGGACGAGUUGAAACGCCUGGACGACGAAUUGGAAGAUGCAGAGAAGAACCUGGGAGAAAGUGAAAUCCGUGAUGCCAUGAUGGCCAAAGCUGAGUAUCUCUGCCGAAUUGGGGACAAGGAAGCUGCUCUAACUGCCUUUCGGAAGACCUAUGAUAAAACAGUUGCUCUAGGACAUCGUCUGGAUAUUGUCUUCUACUUGCUGCGAAUCGGCUUGUUUUAUAUGGACAAUGACCUUAUUACACGGAACACUGAAAAGGCCAAAAGUCUUAUAGAAGAAGGAGGAGAUUGGGAUCGUCGGAAUCGGCUGAAGGUCUAUCAAGGCCUUUACUGUGUGGCCAUUCGGGACUUCAAGCAGGCAGCCGAACUUUUCCUGGAUACCGUUUCGACCUUUACGUCUUACGAACUUAUGGAUUACAAAACGUUUGUGACUUACACAGUGUAUGUCAGCAUGAUCGCAUUAGAAAGGCCGGACCUGAGAGAGAAGGUUAUCAAAGGAGCUGAGAUUCUGGAAGUGUUGCACAGUUUACCCAAAGUGCGGCAAUAUCUUUUUUCCCUCUACGAAUGUCGGUAUUCAGUAUUCUUCCAGUCAUUGGGGAACUUUCAAGAUUUAUUGCUGCUGGGAGACUACACUGCAAGAUAGACAAAGUCAAUGAAAUCGUAGAAACCAACAGGCCUGACAGCAAAAACUGGCAGUACCAAGAAACCAUCAAAAGAGGAGAUUUGUUGUUAAAUAGGGUGCAGAAGCUUUCUCGAGUAAUUAAUAUGUGAAUUUUUUUUUAAAAAAAAAGUAAAACAAAGGAAUGCACCAUUCAGUCAGAACUUUUCUGGAAGUAAUUAUUCCUAUAUUAUAUAAUUUGUACUGUAGGUAAGGAAAUGUAACCAUGAUGUAGUUAGGGCUUUUGCAGUCUUAUUUCAUUGUGUAAACAACUGAACUGUAUGACUAUUCAUGUUUUUCCGAUCAUUGUCAUUUAUUAAAUGUACAGUACGGUUGACUGUUCUGUUCUCGAGUUAUGGAGUUUAAUUUAAAGCUUAGUAUUUUUUGUUAACCAGAGGCUGAGCUGUUUUGGCCUUUGUGUUUUGAAUGAGAAUGCGAGACUGAUCUUUCUCAACUUUUCUUAUAAUAGAAAGAGAACUAGCAGGGCACUUUGGCCGAUUGGCACGAUUGGCAUGAUUACUAGAUCGUUGUGUUUUACUCCAUUAAUUUUUCAGAUAAAGAUACUGAAAUUCAUAGGCCUCAUCUAGCAACAAUCAUUAAUUCAAGUCAACCUUAUUAUGCUAGGUCAGGCGUGUCAAACUCCUAUUUCAUUGGAGGUCACAUCAGGUUGGGGGAGGCUGGCCAAUGGUGGGCAUGGCUAGCUCGACAUCACUUGAGUUGGGGGCGCCUGUGGUGGACCAAGUGCUCUGCCGGUGAAAAUACCCUCCCGAACUCCAUUUUUGGCUGCAAUGGCCUCCUGCAACCCUCUCCCAAAGUCCAUUUUCGCUGGCAGAGAAACCA